UUCACCUCUUCCAUCUGUUCCUCUCACUCAAACGCAAAUAUUCUUUUCUUUUUGUUUAAAAGCAAAUCAAUGGACUCAAUCACCCAGGAAGAAUCUAAAGAAAGUACUGGAGCACAUGAAUCACUGACGACAAAUGUAUUCAAGUGCAGAGGAUCCACGUUUGAUGCACUGCUGAGGAAGACGCCUGUGCAAUGCUUCAUUGUGUCCUUAAAUGAAUGCAAACAGAACAUGCAAGAGGGACCAAGGACAGUGCCAGAUUGCGCCUGAGCGUCAGCAGCCCACGGUCAAAGAGCUGGAGGAGGAAUUCUCAAAGCAACACGGAAACCUGAGGAGGAGCUCUGUCACCUCUCACGGAUACACCGCAACCUUGUAACUGAAAAGCUUCUUAUUGCAUGAAGCAUUUUUUUUUUUUGCAAUAAACAUGGAAGCUGGCGCAAGAACACACUUCUACGGAUUUCUCUCCAGUAAGUGAAGCAAUUUGGAUUUGAGGGGAAAAACCUGAGUGGAAAAAAAAAUCAAGUGGGAUUAAAUUUAAAAUGUCAGGAGAAUCUACGGACAUUCAUUACGAUGGCUCAGCAGGGAUCGAUGCUGCAACCUUCAACUUCAGCGGUGUUUCCAACACGCUUAACCUCUCGUACGGAGACUACUUCCACCUGUCAGACUUUGCAAAGACGGAUCUUGCGGGAGACGGCGCCGCUGCUGUGCGUGUUAUCAUCUCUGUUAUUUACUCGCUGGUCUGCGCGCUGGGUCUGAUUGGGAACUUACUGGUCCUGUAUUUAAUGAAGACCAAACACAUGUGGAAAAAGUCCUCCAUCAACCUGUUCGUCACUAGUUUGGCGGUGACUGACUUUCAGUUCGUGCUGACUCUGCCGUUUUGGGCGGUGGAGAACGCGCUGGACUUCACGUGGCUUUUCGGCAAAGCGAUGUGCAAAAUAGUGUCCUACGUGACGGCCAUGAACAUGUACGCCAGCGUGUUUUUCCUCACUGCCAUGAGCGUGGCGCGGUACUGGUCCCUCGCCACUGCUCUCAAAGGCAGGAGGCGGCGUCCGCGGUGCUGCGCCGCGCGGUGCAUCACGGUGUUCAUCUGGUUUGCCGCUGUGUCUGCCGCUUUACCGCACGCGGUGUUCACCACAACCGUGACCGUUUCUAACGAGGACCUGUGCCUCGUCAAAUUCCCGGAAACGAACGGAAGCGCGCAGCUCUGGCUGGGACUCUACCACUCUCAGAAGGUGCUGCUGGGAUUCGUGGUGCCGCUGGGAAUCAUCUCAGUCUGCUAUCUGCUUCUCCUGCGCUUCAUCACGUCCAAAAACAUCAACACGUCGAGCGCAAAACGGCGCGCAAAAAUCACCAAAUCUGUCACCAUUGUGGUUUUAUCCUUUUUCCUCUGCUGGUUGCCCAACCAGGCGCUCACAGUGUGGGGCAUCCUCAUCAAACUCAACGUGGUUCAUUUCACCUAUGAGUACUACACCACGCAGGUGUACAUUUUCCCCGUUUCCGUGUGCCUCGCGCACUCAAACAGCUGCCUGAACCCCGUGCUGUACUGCCUGAUGAGGCGGGAGUUCAGGAAAGCGCUGAGGAAACUCUUCUGGAGGAUGACCUCGCCGAACAUACGACCGAUCACAGCCACCACGAAGCACGAGAUGGACGAGCAGAGGCACGUGCUGGCCCGGGCCAGCGCGCCCGAGGAGCACGAAGUGGCGUUUUACCCCCCGGGGGCUGUGAUGUACAAUGACAGGAGGGAUCUGCCAAACAGCAAUUAG